CCUACCUUGCGAAAUAAUUAUUAUGUGCCAGCAGCGGUCUCUGAGCUGACGUUAGCUGCUAGUAGCUACUAUGGCGAACCUGUUGACAAGACUGCGGAGUUGCUACAUGUCCGCUACCCCCCUCCACCUCUCGUGGUAUCUCUACUGGUACCGCUGGACGCUCAAGAGUAUCGUAGAGUCGGUCCGGGCGUCCGACAGGAAGAAGGGCAAGACUUCGCCCGAGGACUGCAGCUGCUCGGGGAGAGCCGACCUAGGGUGAGUAGUUCAGUGAAUAGAAACACACAGACUGCCCCGUCCGAACUCCCUUUGGCUUCAAGACUUGGUCGACUUUGCUUGGUGUAUUAUAGUAUAUAGCUGUGGUCCGCCUUUGACCACACCCACACGCUCGCCGUGCAUUCUCCAUUUUUGUGCUGGACCACCCAAACCGAGAGCUCAUGACUACGGCUGUGACCGGCCGGCCCGUUUCUUGGCCGUGAAGAUAUGGCGCGGCGUGAGUGGGGCCGCCAAGCCAAGCCGGCUUACUACGUCGAGAGGGACAGCGAGGCGCUAAGGAUAGUUAUCUUGACGAAGGCUUUGUCGGCGUACAGUAGGGUUCCGGUCUACUGGUGGAGAAAGAUCAGCUACAACCUGUCACGGAAGAGACUUGUCAAGAUUAUUCUCGUUCUAUUUGCCGUCUUUGCCGCAUACAACUUAGUUCAGUUCUUCCUGACGACGACUGGUCUCCGACGACACGUGGACCCUCAUUCGGUCAGGGGUUACCCCUAUUGCCCCAUCGACGAAUCCAAACUCGCCACCUUUGAGAAGGAGUUUGCCUGCAACUUUAACCCUCCGCCACCCAAGACCGACGUCGUCGUAGUCACGUUUAUCAACCUGGCCUGGGUGGCGCUGGCUCGUAACUGGGUCUGCUCUGCCAGGAAGGUCGGCCUCGGAGACAAGCUGUACCUCGUGGCUUUCCAGAAGGGUGUGUGCGACUACUUCCCUGACACUCCGUGCUACGAACACCCCACACUGAACAUUGAGGGGACGGAAUUCGGCGAGGAGGCGUAUCAGCAACUAGUCAUCGAGAGAACGCGACUCCUCCUAAAGUUCUUGUCGUGCGGGCAGACUGUUUUACUGGCAGACGCCGACAUCACCUUUUUGAAAAACCCUCUAGAGUACCUGCACAGUGUGACGGAGAAGAGAGACAUGGUCUUUCAAAUGGACAGCUCCGGAGUCGGGUUUGUCGACUCCGUUCUGAAAUACUUCUUCCGCUACAUCUGCGGAGGGUUCAUAUUUUUCAAAGUCAACGACGCGACGAAGCUUCUCUGGCUCUCGGUGCUGCACUUUCAGGAGAACUUCAAGUGGAACGACCAGGCCGGGCUGAACAUUUGCAUCAGACACCACACGCAGAGAGUUGACUGGGAUAUUUUGGAGUCCGACUACUUCCCAAACGGGCGGCAGUUCUUCAUGUAUAAAGAGAGAAGUGAGAAGAACAUGAUAGUCCACGCCAACCAUCUGGUCGACAUGAUGAAGAUCACCAGACAGAUCGCCAGUAGUGUCUGGUGCGAUGAGGUAUCCGGGAGACAGGUGUGUGCGGACCCUGACCUCUACCAGGUACAGUGUGUAGACGGACAGGACGAGCUGCCAGAAUGGUGUCUCGACUAUAUUCACGUGUGCUACUCCAACUACAAGAUCACCGUUCAGAAGAAGUCGUCCACAUCGUCUGAACCCCCUCCCCAGUCCCCACCAGCUGAAGAUCAUCAGCCUCACAUACAACAGGUGACAGUCUAAAGACGAACUCUCUCAUUAUACCCAUCUUUCUCUUCUUUAUCGCCAUUUUCUCAGUUCUCUUUAUCACACCUCCAGAGAAGUAUAUUCUUCUUUUUCAUGCUCAGCUAGUCCUUCUUGUAUAAUACUAAUAUGACUGGCAUGUAAAUAUGAUGUCAUAAUGAUGUUAUCAAUGUGUCUGUGAUAUCAGAGUGCACAUGACAAGGUUUACGACCUUAAUUUAAGGAUGUGAUUGGCUGCGGGAGUGAACAAAUUCACAGAACACAAAACAGCUGAUGACAACGAACUGACACACAGAUAGAGAUCAGGGAGGGGGAGGGAGAGAGUGUUUGCCAAUGCUGUUAUGAGGUUUCCUGAUCAUAUGAGAUGAUGUCGUGAUGAUG